UAUAGCACAAUGGCGUCAUCCAAACAUUGCACUCUGACAGAACUUGUCAACGAAAAACUGCCAAUGAGGGUUAAAAUGGCACCAGAAGCCAACGAUAUGAGCACUCACAAAAGUAUGAGGACAGUGUUGCUGUUGAAAUCUGUGGAAUCGGUCCAACAUGUCAUAGCGACGAGGCCAACACAAGAUGGCGUCUUAUCGAUUCCUCUUCAUCUGUCCCUGAAUGUAUCGAAGGUAAGCGACGACAGUGUCGACGUUAAAACGGUGUUACGAGCACUGAAACCCAUAUACGCAUGCGUCAACUCAACCUGGAAAGUAGAAGAUGUUGGCAUAUGGAAUCUACCCAGCCAGUUUAGUCAAACCCCACAACCACUGGAAGAUGUACUGCGUUGCUGGUUCAAUAGUAGCGAAGGUCAACGAAGAGCCUCGGAGGUUUGUGGAGUGUCACUGAAGAAUCACAAGAAGAUAAUUGAUAGAUUGAAGCAUGAUAUUUACGAUAUAGCACAUAACUCACAAUCUUGCUCUACAUCCACAUCACUGUCGUCUCCAACAGUAACAGAAAGCAAAGCUGCGUACUAUUUCAAUAUACAAGGACCAACACCACAGACAAAGAUUAAUGGUUCCCGGGCAGCGACUUUACCUGCAGGCCAAUCUAUUGGCACAUUUCACCCAAGUGACAAAGAAGAAGAUCGGUUCACUGAGACGUACACCACACAUGGUCUACAGGGCUACCAAUCUAUUGGUUCACACUCUGCACGUGACGAUAUCGAAGAUGACCCAAAUACACAUCAUUACGCUUCACUGGGGAGUUUCAGUGUAGAACAAAAAUCAAGUCAAUGUCCACCACACCUAGAUGAUGGUUAUGACAUGAAAAUGGAGGAUGUAUGCGCCAUGUUAUGUGAUAUCAAUCUUUCAAAAUACGUAGAAGUUUUCAAAAACGAAAUGAUCGACGGGAAUUUAUUGCAGGUCCUGGAUGAAGAUAUCAUGGUGUCCGAUCUGGGAAUGUCGAAAUUACACGCACGAAAACUGAGACUACAUCUCGCGAGAGAAAAGCAGCGCCCUCGCAUGUCCAAAAAAGAGUCAACGUAUUUAUAAGAUGAAUAUUAAAUGUUUGGCUUUGUUGAUACAAUAUGGCAUAGUUUGUGCCCGACAGAGACCAUAUGUCCAUCCAUCUACACUCGAUAUGCAGCAACGGGGACCAUUUCG